AUGGUGGUAAGGAAAAAGCUUCCACUACGUCAAGGAGGCAGAGGCAGAGAACCUAUACCCGGUGAUGGUGAUGAAAUAGGGUCGGCUCUGUCUACAGGUUAUGACGGAGAUGAGUGUGAACCUAUACCCGGUGAUGAUUGUGAGGCUAUUGUUGAUGAUCCGGAUGUUGCAAGUAAUGAUGGAGACGAGAACGAUGAGAGUGGAGAUGAUGAUUGCUGGAAUGAGGAUAAUAUCCCUGAUCCUGUAACAUCUGAUGAUGAGGAAGAAGAUGCGAGAAGGGAAGCUUGUGAGGAUGCCGCAUCAGCCGAUGAGGUCUUAGCGUUGGGGAAGAUGUUUUCGUCUGCAUCAGAGUUCAAGCAAGCUCUUCUUAGAUAUUCUUUGAAAACACGAUAUGAUAUAAAGCUUUACAUAUCAACACAAAUGAAGCUUGGAGCUGUUUGUUCUGACACUGAGUAUGAUUGUCCUUGGAGAGUGUAUUGUUCGUAUGAGAAGCGAAAACAUAAACUACAGAUAAAGGUUUAUGUUAAUGAACACGCUUGUAUACGUUCUGGUUACUCGAAGAUGUUGAAGCCUUCAUCAAUUGCGCAGCUGUUCACGGAAAGGUUGAGGGUGAAUCCUAAGCUUACAGCUAAGGAAAUUGGUGAAGAGAUCAAGAGAACAUGCAACUUGAUUGUUACUGAAGACCAGUGUCAAAAAGCUAAGACUAAAGUCACAAGAGAAAGAAGAGCAAGCCAUGAAAAACACUUUUCUCGAAUCUGGGAUUAUGAAGCAGAGCUUCGAAAGACUAAUCCGGGAACCAUAACUGAGAUAGUGACGAUUCCUGGACAAACACCAAGAAGCAAGCAAAGGUUUGAUCGUAUCUACAUUUGUUUUGAAGCACAACGUGCAGCUUGGAAGUCGACUUGUAGACCUAUCAUAGGACUAGAUGGUGCAUUUCUGAAAUGGGAUGUGAAAGGCCAAUUGAUUGCUGCUGUCGGAAGAGAUGGAGAUAACAGAAUUGUGCCAAUUGCGUGGGCGGUCGUAGAGAUUGAAAAUGACAUUAAUUGGGCAUGGUUUGUGAAUCAUCUAAAAGUGGAUUUACAACUCGGUGAUGGGAGCAAUUUCACAUUCAUAUCUGAUAAGCAAAAGGGUCUGGUGAAAGCUGUUCACCUCGAACUUCCCAAUGCAGAACAUCGCAUGUGUGCGAGACACAUUCUUGGAAACUGGAAGAGAGACAGCCACGACCCACAACUAGAGAGACUGUUCUGGAAAAUAGCCCGUAGCUACACCUUAGGAGAUUUUACAGAGCAUAUGAAUGCAUUGAAGAGCUACAAUCAGCUAGCGCAUCAAACUCUUCAAGCCACCAAUCCGCAUACAUGGUCUCGAGCUUACUUUAAGGUUGGUUCUUGUUGCAAUGAUAAUUUGAACAACCUGAAUGAAUCUUUUAACAAAACCAUUCGCGAGGCUAGGAGAAAACCACUACUUGAAAUGUUAGAAGAUAUUAGGCGACAAUGUAUGGUACGCACAGCAAAAAGGUCUAUCAUCGCUAAUAGAUUGAAGACUAGAUACACAAAGAGGGCACAUAUUGCAAUAGAAACUGCUAUAGCUAAGUCUCAAGACUGUAUUAGAUACAUGGCUACGGGUAAUGUCUAUGAAAUUGACUAUCAUGACUGCUCGUAUAGCGUUGAUAUGGGUCUGAAGACAUGUGGUUGCGGGAUGUGGCAGUUGAAUGGAAUUCCUUGUAACCAUGCUGCUUGUGUGAUCACCUCAAAGAAACAGAAAGUUGAUGACUAUGUUUCUGAUUAUUACACUACCAUAAGAUGGAGAAAAACUUAUGAAUGUAGUAUUAGACCUGUGGAAGGGAUGAAGUUAUGGCCUAUGCUGAACAGGUUACCAGUCUUACCUCCACCAAAUAGGUUGGGUAAUAGAGGAAGACCAAGCACUUAUGCCAGACGGAAAAGUGCAAAUGAAUCAUCAUCUUUCUCUAGUAAAACCAAGCUAAGUCGUGCAAGGCGUGUCAUGACAUGCUCUAAUUGUAGAGAAGAAGGACAUACCAAGCCGAGAUGUUCGAAACCAACAGUUGAAUCGGAACCUAAACGUCCACGGGGUCGACCAAAGAAUGAUCAGUUGUAA